AUACCUUCUCAUUUUCACUUUAUCGGAAAAGACACUUCGGCAAAACGAAGAAACACAGAGGGGGAGAGAGAGAGACAGGGAGAGAGAGAUGAGAAAAGGCUUGUUCAGAUUUCUGGUGUUCGUUGGGAACAUAAUCCCACUGGCCUCUGCAGCUGUUUUCUUCAAUCCCUUGCAUGCGUCCUUCCCCGACCUUCCCGCCAAACCUGCUGUUCCUAUCAGUAGCUCUGGUGUAUGUGGAGCUUUGCAUGUAGCAGAUCCUCUGGACGCUUGCUCUCCACUACAGAUUGGUGUUCAAUCCAAUGAAACUAAGCAAAUGAGGAUGGUUUUGAUAAUUAGGGGUGGAUGUGCCUUCGACGAUAAGGUCCGAAACGCGCAGAACGCCGGCUUUGGUGCCGCGAUCGUGUACAAUGACCGGGACAAGGGAAAUUUGGUUUUCAUGAUGAUAAACCCUGAAAACGUAACAGUACACGCGGUCUUUGUUUCAAAGGCAGCGGGUGAAUUUUUGAAGGAGUAUGCUCGAGGGGAAAGGGGCGAAUGCUGCAUCUUCCCAUCUCAUUUUGAUUCAUCAUGGACGGUGUUGACAAUAUCUUUUAUCUCUUUUAUUAUCAUAUGUGCUAUUGUGGUGUUAGUCUUCUAUACGCCCAGACGCUUGUCGAAUUCACAAGGAACAUAUUAUCACUCUCAAAGUGUUGAUACUGAGACGGUGGAAGCUCUACCUUGCUUCACAUUCAGCUCUGCUCGUUCCGGGGACUGUCAUAGUGAAGAAACUUGUGCCAUUUGCCUGGAGGAUUACAAAGAUGGGGAAAUUCUUAAAGUUCUUCCCUGUCGACAUGAAUUCCAUUCAAGCUGUGUGAGUUUGUGGUUGACCAAGUCAGGGACAUUCUGCCCAGUGUGCAAGCAUGAUUUGGGAACCAAAAAAUUGAAUACUCUGAGAAAGGUUUGUUUCAUUUUCUCAGCUGAUACAUCAUAUUGUUUCUGCAGAACUGUUACUGCAAAAUUUGAUAUGGGUUUUUCCUCUUCAAUGUUCCCUCGUUGUUUCUUUCUUCUUCUUCUUCUUCUUCUUCUUAUAUAUUGUAGCUCGAGAGCAGAAGUUGUCACCGUUGAUGUUCAUGCAGCCAAGGAUCUGAUCAAGUCUGGCUACAAGUAUCUAGAUGUUAGGACUGUGGAAGAGUUCAAGAAAGGGCAUGUGGGUUCAGACAAGAUCCUCAACAUUCCUUACAUGUUCAAUACACCAGAGGGUAGAGUGAAAAAUCCUCAAUUCUUGGGGGAGGUUUGGUCUGCUUGCAACAAAGAGGAUAAUCUUAUUGUGGGUUGUCAAAGUGGGGUCAGAUCCCUGUCUGCAUCUGCUGAUCUUCUUAGCGCUGGCUUCAAGGAUGUGAGCAACAUGGGAGGAGGUUAUCUCGCCUGGGUGGAGAACGGGUUUCCUGUGCAGAAGCCAGAAGCUGAGCUCUAAUGGGCCGGUAUAUCACAAUUACCACUAUUUGCAAUCUCAUGCACAAGCAAAAAGAGUGGGUGGAUAAAUAAAUUUAAAAUUUUUGGUUAUUUCCACCCGUAAAUGUAUUUACAUUGGUUACCAAAAACACUAAGUGGUCUAUGUAAUUGUAAUUAACCUACUUUUGCAUCUUGUUAAAUAUAAUUGCUUCAACAAACUUUGUUUAAAAAUA